ACGUUGAAAUGUUUACGGUUGAGCCGCUGUUAGUUGUCGAUCCGAGUGAGUGGCAAGAAAUUAAUAAAUGUGAAAAUAAUUAGAAAAUUUAUGAAGAUAAUAUAACACGUAAGCAGCAAGCUAAGUCCUACAAUGAACACCCUUGCAAGUUAGUUAGCUAAGCUAGCUAAAAUUGCAGUUAGCAUCUGUAACGGCAGAAAACGUUCCAGCCGCGAAAAAAAGAGCCGUUAGCUCUUCACUCAGUAAAUUACGUUGAGAUCAACAUGGCAUUUUCACUGGUGGUUCCGGUCAUUGAUGUCCAGAAUGAUAAUUUCAAAGAGCUUUGGCCUGCUAUGGUAGUGGCCAUUAAAACGUCGUCCUUCGUUGCAGUAGACACGGAGCUGAGUGGUCUUGGGAACAGGAAAUCCUUGCUGGCCGAAUCCAUAGAGGACAGAUAUAAAGCCAUAUGCCACGCAGCACGCUCCCGCUCCAUCCUCUCCCUGGGAAUUGCCUGCUACAAGAAACUGGACUCCAAGGCUGCAGACACAUACCUGGUCCAGGUGUAUAACCUGACCCUGCUGUGCUCGGAGGAGUACAUCAUAGAGCCCCAGUCAGUCCAGUUCCUGGUGCAGCACGGAUUUGACUUUAACAAGCAGUACGCUCAUGGAAUCCCUUACUGCAAGGGCAAUAAUAAGGGAGGAUCGGACGACCGCGGUGUCCACAUCAGGGCCUUAUUCACUGAACUGCUGCGUGCCAGGAAACCCCUGGUGCUCCACAACGGCCUCAUCGACAUGGCCUUCCUUUACCAAAGUUUUUAUGCUCAUCUGCCCGAGCGCCUGGCCACCUUCACCGCCGACCUGUCUGAGAUGUUUCCUGCUGGAAUCUAUGACACUAAAUAUGUCACUGAGUUUGAGCUGCGGCUCCCUGCCUCCUAUCUGGAGUAUGCCUAUAAGAAAUGUAAGCUGGACAACAGCCGCAGUUUGACCUCUGGAGGGACCGGACCUCAUGUCCAUGUAGAGUUCUGUCCGUACGCCGGUCACAUGUCCGCUUACGUGGACUACAGAGAGUGUCCAGCUGCAGCCUCUGCUGAGGGACAGACUGACAUCUGCCAGCGCUUCUCUGCAUUUGGCUGGUGUCCAAAUGGUGCCCAGUGUCCAUUAUCCCACGACACCGACCUGAUAAUCCUGCAGGAUGAGAAGGGCAAGGAGGACAAGAGGAAAAAGAGGAAGAGGCAGAGAGAGAAGAAGAAAGGUGGAGGAGCGGUCGCAGAGGGCUCCUCCAGCUUUGACAGUGCCCCUGAAAACAAAGUGCGCCACAUGGAGGUGGAUCAAGAAGAAACUCCGGAUGACCAUCAGAAGGCGACUGCUGGUCCGUGCACAGAAAGCGAUGGAAACGUCCAACAGGAGGAAGCAGAGAACGUGAAAACAGGGAACGGAGUGUGUGAAGACAAACCAGACGCCAGAAACUCUGCAACAAUAGCCACAACUGAUGAGGACAGCAACAUGAAAACCAACGCGGACGACAGCGUAGAAAACAGAACAGCAGACGGAGGAAGAGAGAAGUUCAGCGACCGCUCGCCCGGGACCGAAGCUCAGAAGAAGACUGAGGCAGGAACGCACCGGGCGGGGUUCGACGCCUUCAUGACGGGAUACAUCUUUGCCCACUCGUGCACCCUCAUAAAGAAGGAAGGAGCGGGAGCUGUGGAGGAGAAGGACGGGCAGUCGUGGCUUUCUACCUGUCUCAAUAAGGUUUACCUCAGCGGCAAGGCGGCUCCUCUCAACGUGGUUAAAAGCACCUUCUCCAAGUCGUCCAAGGCCCACACGCAGAAGAUGGAGAUGGUGUGGGGAGGGAGAAUGUAGUGUGCACACUCACACACACACAGCAGGACAGUCACAGCUUACACAAGAAGAGGUUCACGACUUCAGUUUUUAGCCAUGCUAGUGGUGCAGCUCGAUGGACGACGAAGUCUUUCCACCACUUUGAUCCAGCCGGAAAUAUCUCAACACCUUUGAGAUGGAUUGCUGUGAAAUUUCGGCGUUCAUGGUACGCAGAGGACGAGUCCUCUGACUGUUCCUCUGGAGCUACCACGAGGCUGACAUUUAUGUUUUUUUAGUGAAAUAUCUUUUCGAUGGAUUGUUGGAAAAUUGGUCGAGAUGUCCACGUGGCACCAUCAUCAGGUUUAAAUGUGUUUAAUGAUCCAACACCAACCCUCAGCCAAUACCUGCAAAACUAAUAAUAUUCCCAGCAGCCUCAGCUGUACUUUGAGUUCAAAUAUUGUCAUGCUAACAUGCUAAACUAAGAUGGUGACUGUGCUUAACAUUACACCUGCUGGACAUUAAUAUUAACAUGCUAGCACUUUCACCGCGAGCGUUUUAGCAGGUAGAGAAGAAACUUUCUUUCUGGGGAUUUCCUUUGAUUUUCCACGAACAGGGGCGAACGGUCUGUAGUGAGAACGGUUCCUUAUCAUGUGAUGCACUGACGAGUUGAUUCAUUCAUGAGUCAAUCCAUAGAAAAUUAAUCGGCAACUAUUGUGACAAUCGAUUCAUUGUUUUAGGGAAAGAUGCUCAACAGGUGACCGUUCUCAAAUGCAAUGACUUGUUCCUUUUUUCAGUCUCACAUUUUAGUAACUUUUAUUUUGGGUUUUUUGACUGUUGGCUGGAGAAAAAAAGACAAUUUGAUGAAAGUAUAAGGUGAUGGGCAUUUUUCAUUGUUUUCUUGUGUGAUAUACAACAAAUAAUUCAUCAAGAAAAAAGUCAGAUUUAUUAGUAAAAGAGUUUCAGCGGGAAUGUUCAGUCUCAUAGAGUUGAGAGUCUACGGAGAUUCAAUGUGGUUUUUCAUCCACGUUGGUUUGUUUUAUUCUCCCAUCUUGAUUUUAUUUCUUUAGCAGACCCUCUCUCGAUCUUACCUAUCAAACUGUAGAAUUCAGAAACUUUGGAGAAUAAAGAAAAAGAAUGAAUAAUGGCAUUAGUGACUUGGGACUGUAAACCCACCGAUAUAUUACAACGCAGACGCACCUCUUCUGAUUUCAUUAGCUGUUACGUCUCUGUGAACCGCCAGAGAGAGAUGAGGUGGUUAUCCAUCAUUCCAGAUUUUGUAUAAUGACCUGUUGCUGAAGUAAAAUAAUGUACGUCUCUUUAAUAAUGAUUCUUUUGUCUUUCUUUCAGUCUCAGCUUUAUUCUAUUAAAAUCUCCAGCUUCAAUCUUGCUGCUUCAUCAGCCGCUCAGGGACACCAUGAGGAUCAGCAUUAAACAAAAAAAGAAAAGCAGCGUAAGGAGAAACAUAAGGAGCAGCAAAGAGAGGGGCGUAAGGAGGACUACAGGGAGGGGCAUAACCAAAAGCAAAAGGAUCAGCAUAAUGAGGAACAUAAGGAGGAACAUAAGCUAAAGGAUUAGCAUAAGGAAAAGCAUGGGGGAGAGCAUUAAGCAAAGCGUAAGGAUAAGACGAAAGGAAAAGCAGAUGGGUCAGAACAGAGAAGACGAUAAUAAACAGGGACGUCCAUCCCUAAGUUCAUUGGCGGGAGCUGCUGGAGUGGAGGAGAGGGAGCUCUGGCAUUUAGAUCUUCAUUGUGGUCACCGUCUUCCUCAUCUCUCUGGGGGGGGGGGGCACCAAAGUUUUGAUAGUUUCUUUUCCAUAAAACAGGCUUAAACGGGAUCAAUACCAUGUAAAUUGAAUGUAUAGCCUCCUCCCACACCUUUAUAUGUAAUGUGUGUUAUAUGUUCACACUGCUUUUUCAUUGAUGCAACAUUUCAAUCUGUGUCAGGAAAACAUCUGUGUGAACACAAAGCAGGAUGUACACUGACAGAAAAGAGACUAUAUAAAAUAACCAAACGCUAAUUUACUGUGUAGCCCAUUGAAAAACAAACAAACAAAUAAAUAAACAAACAAAAAAGCAAACACAGGACAGGACUGUAGCCCAUAAAGGAUAUUUGUGAAUCACAGUCACCCCAUGCUUAAUAAACUAAUUUUACAUUUCAGUAUAGUCAGUAAAUAGAAAAUGUAAUUUCCUUUGUGAUGAUAUGUCUCCCCCUAGUGCCGAAGUACUGAGCAGUUUCCUCAAAUAGAGGUUGGUGGUGUCGGGCCGCCUCCUGCCCCCAGGACAGAUUCAGCUCAGUUCUCCUUGACUUUGACUCUGUGAGUCUCUGAACUCCAGUGGAGGAGGGAUGGGGAACCAUUCUUCCAAAAGGUGUUCACUCCUUUGUUGUGUUGGUGAGGGAGGUGGACAUGUCAGCCUGCCAACACGAUGGCAGUGGAGUCAGGUCGCAUGUAAAAGUAGUAAAACCACAAUUUAAAAAUACACAAUCACAAGUAAAAGUAUAUAGUGUGUUAUAUUGUUAGAUUGUGCUCAUGGUGGAGCUGAUUCUAACUAAUGUGUAAACUUCGGGGAGUCCAAUCUGUUGCAAUGGCUCCUGUUUUAUGAACCAAUCACAUGUUUGUAAAAAUCUCAAUCUGCAAAGUAACUGGUAACUUUCAGAUGAAACAAUGCAGGCAAGAUAGACCAAUGGAGAAAUGCCAGUUUUAGAUUUUCAAAUCAUCCCCGGAGCUCUGUAGAACUAUUUGUGAAUAAUUGUUUGAUAUUGUAAAUUUACAUCUGAAUAUAUUAAAUAAAAGCGUUAUAAAGUCAAUA